AUGGCUGUGGCCGGGCCGCCGUUACCGGCCCUUUUGCCCCUCGGGAGCUGGACGGCCUGGAGCCACGGGGAUGGGAAGCGGGCUAUCAGGCUCGGCCGGAACCGUGCGGGAGAGCGCGGGGCCGGAGGGCGCCUGGCGGGCGGGCGGGACCGCAGCGCACACCAGGCACCCCCCGCGCCCAGCGCCGCUCCCAGCAGCGAUCCCUGCGCCAGGCAGGUCAGCGCCACGAACAGCGCCAGGGGCAGCGCCGACGGCCAGCGCCAGGGGCAGCGCCAUGGGCCCGGCAGCGCCAUCUCUAACGACCGCCGCAGCAACGGCCACCGGCCCGGAACGCGCUGCGGGAGCCGCGCGGUGGAACCUCGACAGCUGCCGCGUUCUAGAGCUCGUGUCCCUGGUCCACCGGCACCGCCGUUCCCCCGCCUUCUAGUGACAACCGCAGCCACCAUGGCAGGGACGAUGACACGGACCACACAGAACACGGUUCGCCUGAGCAUCUGUCUGACCACGGUUGUGCUGAGGGGACCCUGCAGCCCAGCUGAGGAGGUCAAGGCUCUCUGCACGGCAUCACCUCCCCAGAGAUGGAGAGGGCUGGUGGGGAGGCCAAAGCCACCCCUGCUCCUCAGGGCUGAGCAGGGACCAUGUCAUGGUUGCCCACACCACCACACAACAGAGGCGAUGUGCAGGGUGGCCCCGUGCACCCAGCCCUGCAAUAAAGAAUGCCCGCUUGCUAAAAUUCCACAUCGAGUCUUAGAGAGUUCUUUUAGCCAGACUUUCAGUCACAGCGCACCAGAUGCCAGCGAGGAGGAACAAGUGCUGCUGCCCAGGGCUGAACCGGGUGAGGUUGUGCAAGAAGCCCAGGGUGACCUGGUGUUUCUGGCCAGACAUUCCAGGCUGAACUGA